GUAAUCUCCGUCCAUUGUCAUUGGCUGGUCGAGUGAUCCACAAACCUCGUACAAUCAAGGUUGAGGGGCAGAAACACGAGAACGCGAAAUCCCUUCAAGUUAUCUGGGUGGGUUCAAAGCUGAUAUUAUCUUACGCGCCGGGAGACUCAUGAUGGAGUUGGGCUUGGACGCGUUGAACGACAAGAGAUGAGUGAAGUCACUGACAUUGUCGACGGGUGUUACUGUACAUCGGCGCGAAGAGAAUAGGGUUGUCCCUGGGCAGAUGAUCCUCCAUCAUGCGGGAUCCCAAGAACCAACGAGAUGCCUUCGGGGCUGGAGAGGAGCCGGGGGCACGGUCGGAAAAGGAUUUGACUCAAAUGGGGAUGGGCAAAAUGGUCCUCGACCGCAGUGCUGUGGACAUCGAGACGGAUGUACUGUCUCCUGCGACCCCAAGAACCCGGCAUUCGAGUGAACGGAGAGGGCACGACAACACCUCUUUUCCAAACAAUCUGUCCUGGGCUCGACGAAAUUCAAAGGUACUCGCAAAUCAGAUGAAGCAGUGGUACAAGAAGUAUGUAUGCCACAUGCUUCUCAGACAGCGAGAGAUUCCUCGAAGCAACGAUGGACGUCACAUCGACCUCGACCUAUCUCGCACCACCCCACUCGUCGACGAGAGGACCGGCAAGCACUACGCCAACAAUAUCAUCCGUUCAAGCCGUUAUACCAUCUGGACUUUUCUUCCACUCCAGCUCUGGUUCCAGUUCACCAAGAUCGCAAAUUUCUACUUCCUCAUCAUGGGAAUCUUACAGCUGAUACCUGGUUUGAGCACGACGGGAACUUAUACGACGAUCUUGCCUCUGCUGUUCUUUUUGAGCUUUAGUAUUGCGAGAGAAGGCUAUGAUGACUUUCGUCGGUAUCGGUUGGAUAGAGUGGAAAAUAGGAGGCUUGCACGUGUGCUCCGCGGCUCCAGCUGGACGGUUGCAGGGGAGAAAACCAUCCGUUCUUUUGCAAGCAUUGCCGGAGAGAGCUGGAAGGAGUCGAAAAGCAUCGCUCGACGAAUUGGACCGAAAAAUGAUAUUGAAGCGCCGCCCGUCACUUCAGAUCCCAAAUUGUAUCCAGGGUCCAAGGAGUCCUCCACUGCGAGUCCUCCUCCGGAAUCCGUGAAUUCUGCUUGGGCCACUGUCAAAUGGAUCGAUCUCAAAGUUGGGGAUGUCAUCGAGAUCCAGAGGGACGAGCAACUCCCUGCAGAUAUUGUGCUCCUUUACUCCGAUGGCCGGGAUGGUAUUGCAUACAUUGAGACCAUGGCCCUGGACGGAGAAACAAACCUCAAAUGUCGUCGGCCCCCGGAUGAACUGGCCAAACGGUGUGGGACAGUGACGGAUCUUGCACGCUGCCGUGCUAACUUUGCUGUGGAGGAUCCGAACCUCGAUCUCUAUGAUUUCCACGGUAAAGUUUCCCUGGACGGUUCAACACUCCCUCUCACCCUCGAAAACGUCAUCUUUCGGGGCAGUACCUUGAGAAAUACGAAAAGAGCUGUCGGAAUGAUUGUCAACACCGGCGAAGAAUGCAAAAUCCGCAUGAACGCGAACAAGAAACCACAAACGAAGGCACCUGCAAUCCAAUACAUGACCAAUCGAGUGGUGAUUCUUCUCACCAUCUUCGUCAUCCUGCUUUCCAUCGGCUGUACAGCAGGUUACGAGAUCUGGACCCCAGUCUUUGAAAAUCGUGCUUGGUAUUUAGAUGACGCUCAUCUCCCGCUCGAGGACAUCUUCAUUGCUUUCGCAAUCGAAUUCAAUAACUUGAUCCCGCUGGCGCUCUAUGUCAGCUUGGAGAUCAUCAAGUUCGCUCAAUUUCUGCUUCUGCAAGACAUCGAAAUGUAUGACCCUGUCUCUGACACACCCGUGGUGUGUAAUACGCAGACUAUUUUUGAGAAUCUUGGGCAGGUCAGCUAUAUUUUCUCUGACAAGACGGGGACCUUGACGGAAAAUGUUAUGCGGUUUCGGAAGAUGGGUAUAGCGGGUACUACAUGGCAACAUAAGGACCGCAAAGAGGCUACGAGUCGUGGAAAUGAAUCGGCCGGGAAUACUCAACCACGCAUUGAGAUUGACGAGCCUUCUCCCCAGGACCAGGAGCUCUACACGGAUGGCCUCUUGCAGUACAUGCAGUUGCACCCAUCUGCACCCUUCACCGCGAAAGCUCAGAUCUUCUUCCUCGCGCUGGCGCUCUGCCAUACCUGCUUUCCCGAAACCCAAGCCAACGGAGAUAUUGCAUUCCAAGCAACAUCACCAGACGAAACUGCUCUUGUGGGAGCAGCCCAAGACCUAGGCUAUCUUCUCGUUGACAGGUCCACCCACUCUGCAACCCUGGUAACCCAACUUUCCGGUACAGACUCAGAAAUUCGCGAGAAGUAUGAGAUCUUAGAUGUCAUAGAAUUCAGCAGCAAACGCAAACGAAUGUCAGUUAUUGUUAGAUUUGCAGAUGGAAGGAUAUGUCUGCUCUGCAAAGGUGCAGACUCAGUUGUCUUACCGAGGCUGCAAGUGGAUGAGAAAAGAGCGAGGGAUGCUUCUCCUUCUGAGCGGAGGAAACGGAAAUCUAUUGAUGAAAGGAGGGUUGCGAGGAUGAGGAGAAGCAUGCAAGAGGAUUCAAUGAACAGUCUAGAGAGGCUCAGCAUUGGUAUGGGCCGACCUGAGUUGAGCAGAUUGAGCAGUGACCUUGGUUUUCGAUUGUCCGUCGGCUUUGAAAGAGCUCACGAGACCUUGCACACCGCUAGAGGAUACUGGCGAGAAAAGUCUGCCCCUUCUUCCGAUCCCGCACUCGCUGUGCGGCGUGUGGUAGAGGAGGCUCAAUCACUAGACGACGCAGCUAUACUAGAGCGGUGUCGCCAACAAAUUGACGACUUCGCAUGCGAAGGCCUUCGGACACUGGUAUAUGGCUAUCGUCUUCUCGGCGAAGCAGAAUACGCUUCCUGGCACAAGACCUACCACGAAGCCACUACCAGCCUCACCAAUAGACAAGAAGGGAUCGAGGCAGCUGGUGAACUCAUCGAACAGAACCUGGACCUUGCUGGAGCAACUGCCAUCGAAGACAAGCUUCAAAAAGGCGUUCCGGAGACAAUCGACAAGUUACAAAGAGCCAACAUCAAGAUCUGGAUGCUGACAGGGGAUAAGCGCGAAACAGCCAUCAACAUCGCGCACUCAGCGCGAAUCUGCAAACCCUACUCCCAAGUCGUGAUCCUCGAUCAAACCUCCGGAGACGUGGAGCAGAAGCUAACAUCCACCCUUCUCGAAGUCAGCACCUCCAACCACACCGUCGUCGUCAUCGACGGCCAAACCCUCGUCUCCAUCGAGAAGAACGAAAUCCUAGCUUCGAUAUUCUAUGAGCUUCUAUUGGUAGUUGGCGCCGUGAUCUGCUGCCGCGCCUCCCCCGCGCAAAAAGCGUCCAUCGUCAAGAACAUCCGGCGCCAGCUCCCAAAGUCCAUCACGCUCGCCAUCGGCGACGGCGGGAACGACAUCGCCAUGAUCCAAGAAGCGCAUGUGGGCGUUGGUAUCUCCGGGAAAGAAGGUCUUCAAGCCGCUCGUGUAGCAGACUAUUCCAUUGCUCAAUUCCGCUUCCUCCAGCGACUGCUCUUAGUGCAUGGACAUUGGAACUACGUCCGCACCGCAAAGUACAUCCUGUUGACAUUCUGGAAAGAAAUGCUGUUCUACUCGGUGCAGAUAAUGUAUCAGCGGUGGAACGGAUAUACGGGGACGAGUCUGUAUGAGAGUGACAGCUUGACGGUGUGGAAUACGCUGUUUACGAGCUUGCCAGUUAUGCUGCCGGGGAUCUUUGAGCAGGAUUUGAGCGCCGAGACGUUAUUGGCUGUGCCGGAGUUGUACGGGUACGGACAGGAGAGUAGGGGGUUUGAUAUGUGGAAGUAUACGUGGUGGAUGCUGAUGGCUGCGUUUGAGAGCCAGGUUAUUUGGUGGAUGACUUACUUCCUCUUCGGCGUCGUGCCUAUCACGGAUGACCAGAGUCUCUUCGCGAUUGGGAAUUUGGCGUUCUCGGUUUGCGUGGUGUUUAUCAACGUCAAGCUAUUGUAAGUUUCCCUUUCCCUUCUUCCUUUGCUCUGGAGUAUAGAAGCUUAACGUCUGGCCCAGGAUUCUCCAAUUCCACCACAAAACAUGGAUUCCACUCUUCGGCGCCGCACUGACGAUCUCGGGCUGGUGGGCUUGGAACUUCUUCCUCUCCGCAAUCUACUAUAAAAAUCCUGGUCCGUACACCGUAUACCACGCUUUCACCUCCCAAUUUGGCAAGAACCCGACGUGGUGGGCGGUGUUUGUUCUGAUUUGUCUGGUGAUGUUCUUCUGCGAGGUGGUGGUCGAGGUCUUGGGUAGGUGGUGGGGAAAGGAUCUGGUGACUGUCUGGCAGGAGUUGGAACAGGAUAAGGCGGUCAGGAAGAGGCUGAAGGAGGAG